AAUAAUUAUGAUUAAGCUUGCAAUAAAGUGAAUCGAGAAGGUGGUGAUGGAAUGUGAUGAUGAUGAUGGUGGUGGUGGUAAUGCACGCUCUCCAGCUUUUCUCUUCUCGCUGGUCUCCCUCUCUCGUAUGCAUGUCAGAAGACACAACUCCAUCGCCACCUCAACAACGCAAGGGAAAGCUGUAGAUCCUCAUCUUCCUCCAGGCACUGUUGCCUCCUGCAAGCUGGGUUGGAUUCUUUUCCUUUUGCUGACCUUUGUGUGUGUAUGCAUGAUUCCAGGCCCACGUACGUACCAGUCUCACUGCCACCAAAUGCAACAUCAUGAAAGAGAGAUGACAGCAAGCGAAGAGGAGGAAAGCAAGCCAUGAGAAAAAUUGGAGAACAGCCCUCAUCUCGCUCAUCUGCUGCACCAAAAAGCAUCAAGAUAAAGGCAAAUCUCUCAUUGGCCCCAUUGAGAAGCAUGCACUCACCAACACCUCCACACCCACCUCCUUAGAUUCCCCUCCCCACCUCCUUCCUCCUCCCACUCUUCCUCCCCCACUCUCAAAAGCUACAAAUUAGCCCGUCCCUCAGCUAAAUUCCAAUUCCUAGAUCCUCUCUCUCUCUCUCUUCGCCUCCUACCGUGUACAUAGUCUUCUGCCGUCUGUUCGUCAAUCUCUAUGUGUGGAGAGGUAAAGCUGGCGACAAGCAAUUGUUCUCUCGGGUAGAUGGACACGCUAUUUAGAUUGGUUAACCUGCGAUCAUCUGAUCAACAGUCUUCCCUCAAUUCCAACCGCACUUCUGGUAGCUCGAGAUCAGCCUCCAAAGCUCACCAAACCUACCACCACCAUAACCACUACUUCACAAGCUCUUUGCACCAUCAACAAGGGGAGCAGUAUCAGGAAGAAUGCGGCACCAACAGUUCUCGUCUUUACAUGGAUGAAGACUUCUCCUCCGGCCCAUCGUCACAGCACCGCCACCACCCUCCCUCCUCUGCCGCCGCCACCACGCCCACCUCGGCUCCACUUGUUGAUCCCGACGACUCGUCUCUUCUUCGGGACCUCAACAUCGACUUUUCUUCUCCAUCCUCGUCGUCAGGCAAUGUCGGCGGCGCCGGAGUCCGGUGGGUAUCUAAGCUUCUGCCGGAAUGCGCACGCGCCGUUGCCGCCUGCGACAGCCAGAGGGUGCAGCAGCUGAUGUGGGUGUUGAAUGAGCUCUCAUCCCCUUACGGCGACGUGGAUCAGAAGCUGGCCGCCUACUUUCUCCAGGGCCUCUUCGCGCGCUUGACGUCCUCCGGCCCGCGUACCCUGCGCACCCUCUCUGUUGUCUCCGAUCGCAACUGCUCCUUCGACUCCACCCGCCGCACCGCGCUCCGCUUCCAGGAACUCAGCCCCUGGUCCUCCUUCGGUCACGUCGCCGCCAACGGCGCUAUCCUCGAGUCCUUCCUCGAGAGCUCGGCUUCGAGCGGGACGCAGAGAUUCCACAUUCUUGAUCUCAGCAAUACCUUCUGCACGCAGUGGCCGACCCUACUCGAGGCGCUUGCGACGCGGUCUUCCGACGACACGCCGCACCUGUCCAUUACCACCGUCGUAUCGUCGUCAUCAUCACCGUCAUCCUCGCCCUCGUCCUCGUCCUCGCCCUCGUCUGUUGUACAGAAGGUUAUGAAGGAAAUCGGGCAGCGGAUGGAGAAGUUCGCGAGGCUAAUGGGCGUCCCCUUCCGAUUCAAUGUAGUUCAUCACCCCGGCGACCUGUCAGAGCUCGACCUCGAUCAGCUCGACCUCCGGGAAGGCGGGAGCGCCGUCCUCGCCGUCAACUGCGUCAACACGCUCCAUAGAGUUUCCCCAGCCGGCCACUGUCGCGACGCGCUCGUCGAGGCCUUCCACCGGCUCCAGCCGCUGAUCGUCACGGUCGUCGAGGAGGAAGCCAAGCUCGUCGCCUGCGAGGGAGGGGAGGAGGACGGGGAGGCCUUUCUGAAGGUGUUCAACGAGAGCUUACGGUUCUUCUCGGCGUACUUCGAGUCGUUGGAGGAGAACUUCCCGAAGACGAGCAACGAGCGACUGGCGCUAGAGCGGGCGGCAGGACGGGCGGUCGUGGAUCUGGUAGCGUGCGCGGCAUCGGAAUCAACGGAGCGGCGCGACACGGCGGCGGGGUGGUCGAGGCGGAUGCGGGCCUCAGGGUUUGAGCCGGCGGAGUUCAGCGAGGACGUGACCGACGACGUAAAGGCCCUGCUGCGGAGAUACAGGGAGGGGUGGUCGAUGCGGGAGGCGUCGGAGGCCGGUGCCGAUGCCGGUGCCGGUGCCGGGAUAUUCCUCGCGUGGAAGGAGCAACCGGUGGUAUGGGCGAGCGCGUGGAAGCCGUGAGAGAGAGAGAGAGGAAGGCCAUAGUGCCUAGCACGUGCGGGAGGGGGUUGUGGGGGGGCGGGGGCGCGUUUUCCUUAAGGUUGGCACGUACGGGAAAUUAAGCUGCAGGUGUGGGGAGCUGACAGGCGAGAAGACAAAGGGCAGCGUCGUCGAGAGAAGGGAAGAAAGAGAAAAAGGGGAAAGUCUUUUAAUCCUGCCACAAUAUAUCACCACCAUUCUUCUCUGUAUUUUUUCUUCUUCUUCUUUGUAUUGCUUUCCUUCAAUUCUUCUUGUGUUUGUUCUGAGAGUCUUCUAUUGUAAUCUUCUUUCGCUGGUUUAUGUUGCGAGCAGCGUUGCAGAAUGAUA